ACGAAACUUAGAACUCGAAGACCCCCCCCGCAGCCGCCUCUCUUUCUCCCCGUCUCUCUCUCUUACACACUGGCGAGAGAGAAAAUGGCAGAAGCCUGUAUUUCAGUAAAUCGGUUGUCAGUGGAUCAGUUCAUCUGUGCUGUGUGUCUGGAUCUCCUUAAGGAUCCUGUAGCUAUUCCUUGUGGUCACAGUUACUGUAAGGUGUGUAUUAAUGGCUGCUGGAAUCAGGAGGACAUGAAGGGCAUCUACAGCUGCCCCCAGUGUAGAGAAACUUUCACUCCGAGGCCUGUUCUACGCAGGAACAACAUGCUGGCUGAAGUGGUGGAGAAACUGAAGAACACUGAACUCCAAGCUGCUUCUCCUGCUCACUGUUACGCUGGACCUGGAGAUGUGGACUGUGAUUCCUGCACUGGGAGAAAACUCAAAGCCGUCAAGUCCUGUCUGGUGUGUCUGGCCUCGUAUUGUGAAGAUCAUCUUAAACUUUACUAUCAGUCUCAGGCUUUUAAGAAGCACAAGUUAGUUGAAGCCUGUGUAGAUCUCCAAGAGAAGAUCUGCUCUCAGCACGACAAACUGAUGGAGAUCUACUGCCGUACUGACCAAAGCUUCAUCUGUUACUUGUGUAUGAUGGAUGAACAUAAAGGCCAUGAUACAGUUUCAACUACUGCAGAAAGAAGUAAAAAACAGAAUGAACUAAAGGAGGAGCAGAUUAAAUCCCAGCAGAAGAUCCAGGAGAAGCAGAAGAAGGUGCAGGAGCUGAAACAGACUGUUGAUACUAUAAAGUUGCAUUCACAGGCAGCAGUAGAUGAUAAUGAGAAGAUCUUUAAUGAGAUGAUCAGCUUCCUGGUGAAAAGGCGCUCGGAGGUGACGGAGCUGAUCAGAGUUCAGGAAAAAGCUGAACUGACUCGAGCUGAACGACUCCUGAAACAUCUGGAGCAGGAGAUCACUAAUCUUCAGAGGAGAGUCAGUGAUCUGGAGCAGCUUUCACACAUACCUGAUCACAUUCACUUCCUCCAGAGUUUCCCGUCUCUCUGUGUUUCUCCUGGAUGUGACGACUCACCCAGCUUCACUGUCAAUCAACAUCUCUCAUUUGAUGGAGUGAGGAAAUCUGUCUCAGAUCUGAAAAAACGAGUCGAGGAAAUCUGUCAGAAGGAAUUCAACAAAAUCCGUCCACAAGCUGCAGCAGUUCAGAUGAUUUUACCCUCAGAACCAAAGAGCAGAGAUUUUCUGCAGUGUAGUAAAUCUAAUUUCUGUUAUCUGACUCUGGAUCGCAACACAGCACAUCCUCAAAUCAUUCUGUCUGAGAAGAACAGAGUCGUGAGACGCAGUAAUACAAAACAGCGAUACUCUGAUCAUCCAGAAAGAUUUGGCUCCUGGUCUCAGGUGUUGUGUAAAGAGAGUGUGUGUGGACGCUGUUACUGGGAGGUGGAGUGGAACAGUGUUGUGUACAUAUCAGUCUCAUAUUGUUAUGCGAGGAAUCUGGAGGCAAAAGCCGAAGUGAAAGCAAAUGACAGUUUAUUUGAGACACAGGGCAAUAACCAAACACACUCGCCGAAAAGGGUGAAUAAUCCGGGGGGUGCAGUGGCGGCGCGGUCCACGGUGCAUGAAACACAACAAGCUAGUAGUCGGUGUAUAGAUCCACGGUACGCUUGGAAGAAGCGCGGUACUGAACAGUCCACGGGAAAGCGUGUGACGGGCAGCAAAACCAUGAACAAUAACUGACAAGGUGUGAGUGGAGGUGAGGGGCUUAUAUGGGUUAGGUGAUGAGUGAUAAACGAGGUCCAGGUGUGUGUGCCUAGUAUGCUGGGGAUGAGCUACGAGCGGGCGUGGCCCGCACAGGAGAAGGAGCAGGUAGCUCCCUGACACAUAUAAAGAGAUCAGCAGGAAAGGACACGGUUAUAAGAGUGGGUUUGGAUUGAACAGUCAGUCUUGGAGUCUGGUGUGUUCUUCUUCCUCUGUCUCUUUCUGGCACAAUAACAUCAAAACUGCACUCCGAGGUCCAGCGUCCUCCAGAAUAGGAGUGUAUGUGGAUCACAGUGCAGAAACUCUGUCCUUCUACAGCGUCUCUGAUACGAUGAGGCUCCUCCACAGAGUCCACACCACAUUCACUCGGCCUCUAUACACUGGAUUCUGGAUGGGUAAUAAGACAGUUAUGAGGUUUUGUGAGAUUUCAUUUCUCCCUGAACUUCAGUAAAUCUGUAGAAUGUAGGAUGUUUCUAGAAUGAACUCUUUCUUCAUUCUUCUACCAUCAGGGAAGCAGUUCCGAAGCAUUCGGGCUGCCACAUCCAGACUGUGCAACAGUUUCUUCCCUCAAACCAUCAGGCUACUCAACAAACAACUGAACUGAACUCACAAACACACACACACACACACACACACACACACACACACACACACACACACUGUCAGGGAUCCACCUGCCACGCCCCCUUUGGUGGCUCUCUAUGCCUCUGCUCUCCCUAGAGCUCCAGGUUUAACCACGCUCACCUGGGGCUCAUCAUCACUCUACCCCGCUUCUAUAAAAGCUCCUCAUUCACUCCCAAUCCCCGUUCGUUAUUGUAUGUGUUGGACUUUUGCUAUCUAUGUUCACGUGUGCAGGUCUCCACACAGAACUCUACUUGUCCGUUCCAUCCGGAAUCCACAAUCCCAUACCGGCUGCGCCUCACCUUCCCGUGCAUCUCGGGUCAGCUAGCGCACCUCGGACUCUCUCAACCAUAGGACUGCCGUGUGCUUGUGUGCAUGUGUGUGUGCGCAUCUGUGAGUGUGCUCGUGUCUCUCUCUCUCCCUCACACUUGCAUUAAAACCCAAGCGAGCUGUACUCCGGCUUCCGCCUUCUGUUUCGCUCGCACCCUGACAGAAUAACGAACCUCCUGAAAAGGAUUGUGUAAAAAAAAUAAAAUAAAAAAAUUUAAGGUAGACAGGAAUAUGAUCGGGUUGCUGCCGUGGUCCCGGCGCAAUCCAAACCUCGGGUGGAGGAUUCGCUGUGCCACGAUGAAGCGACGGCCAAGCUCCGCCUCUGGAAACACCCGGAAGCACGGCCGCGCUCCUGGGUGUUUCCUGGUUUAAACUCUGAAUGGCCUGCGGGAAGAAGCUCCUCCUCAUUCUCUCUGUGUUUGCUUUCAGGGAUCGGAAGCGUUUCCCUGAACGCAACAAAG